CAAGCCCCGAGUUCCAUCAGUAUACAACAGCACUUCAACAUACCUAGCAUGUUGAAAGCAGGAGAUCCCUUUGUUCAAGCAGAGCUAUUGAACCUGAUACACGCAAUCGCAACUCUGGUCAAAUGUAUCGCAUUCUAUAUUGUGAUAUGUGCAUUGAAGUUGCUGGUGGUUCACGUCCUCAAGGUGGACCUUGGGCCUGCAGCCGAAGCUUUUGUCAAAGAAUUGCGAAACCACGCCAAACCACCAACGUUCCAUGCGCAAGGUGGAACUUGGCCGAACGAGGACGCAGGACAAGAGAAAAGAGAAGCUUGAAGAGGUUGGACAAACAUGUAUCAUAGCAUAGAGGUCUGUAAUGGCAGAAGAUGGUCGAAUGUGCAUGCAGGUCGUAUGACCCUGUCGGCCGAACAGGAUCGGCAGGAUGUCGGCAAGGCUUCAGAGUUCCCCCAAAGGUGGAGAGAUGUGCGGGACUCCCUUGAACGACGUAUCUUGGCGUAAUAGGUCAUUGCUGUAUAGCAUCGUCAGUCACCCGGGUA